AUGAGAUUCCACAAGGCCCCAGAUACUGCAUCAGCAACACCCAGUGAUCACUUCCGAACCCCCCGGCGACCCAGUCCCCAGUCAUCAUUCAAGACAUCGAAAAGCACCACGUCGAAGAGAACAGCGUCUCCCGGACUGUCAACCUCUGGGCGGCCUAGGAAAAGAGCCUCCCUACCGAGUUCAUUUUGCGCACAGUCAACUCUCACACAGAUCGACUUUGUGACCCAAACUCCACAACAAGACGAUGACGAGCUCGACUAUAUUGACAGCACUGGCGGCGGCGAAGAUGCGGGGUCAGUGCAAAUAGACGACGGUCUUAGCGAGAAUACCGAAAACCGACCAUCUUUACGGGCCAAAUCGGGCCUUUCCACGCUCGGAAUGAAUGAAGACCAUCCAAAACGGCGAAGAAAAAGCGCCACAGUUCAACGAGCUCCCCUACGCAAGAGCCAAACGCCGAGGCAAAGCAACGGCAGAGGAAAGCGAAAGUCAACAGACAAACCGCCAGCAAAGCGCGAUAAAACUCUUACACAAAUGGAUUUCGUGCGGCGCUAUAUAACGAUUGAUGACGAUGACGAUAAUGAUGUGAACAUGGGAUAUUUACAGCCUGCUCCCGAAAAGGAUUCGAAAGAGGGUGUUCAGCAACCGGAUAUUUUGGAGAAUAAUGGAUUGAAGCUGGAAACUCCCGUGUUCUCCGCAAAGCGCACUCGCAGGGCCCUGGAAGCGGAAGUAGACCUGUCUACCGGCGAACCAAUAUCUCAGUCGGACGACACCCAAAGCCUCCGGAAGCAACCUGAACCCUCAGAUCCUUCGAAAUCUGAAAUUCCAAUCACACCGCGAAAACCGAGGAGACUGGAGAUUCCAUCUUCGCAGUCACCGGAAAGUCCAGGGUUGGCAAUUAUCACAUCAUCUCAGUUUCGCAGUGCAACGCGGUCACCUCAGAGGAAAGUGCGAUUGAACUUCGCCAAUCCUGACAAUUCUAUCAAAGAAGAAUCUACGGGUUCACCAGUGAUGGCCGAAGAGUCACUCAAUCAAGAUGACACAGUCCAGAAUGAGACGCUCACACAAAACGGACCCAUCGGUUACAAUUCUCCUAACACAGAAUUGCCAUCAUUCAAACGGAAUACAUUAUCGACUGCUUCGUCAUUAGCUGGAGUCUCCCAGCAAUCCGUGCCAGCAGUCGACGACCCCCCACCGGACCGUACCCAACGCGAAAGAACGGUAAUCUAUGAAACGGACGCGGACACCGACAAUGAUGACUUUGAGGAUGAUAUUGGAUAUGGUCUUGAUACACCCACUCGAAAUCCCGGCCCACGCUUGGCGAACUCAAGCGAGGGUCAUGACGCACCACAAUCGCCGUGUGAUGACUCGCAAGAUCUACCCUUGCCCAGCGCUCACACAUAUGCCGACCCAGACUCUGCACCUGCUUCCGAAGCUCCAAUGUCGGACGCUUCCAUGUUCUAUCGAAGAGUACAACCAGCGACUCAAUUCCCACAUGAGCCUAUUCCGACAUUGAAUACCCAAAAGCUGUCUGAGCUAUUUCCCAAUGAAGGAAGCACGCAAUAUCCUCGACAAGGGCUCGCGCAUGAUUCACGACAACUUCCUCUUUCGUCUUCCCAGACUCCAACACCAAGUCAACGAGCAGACCAAAUUGAAAUAGUGCCGGAGUCUUCGCCCACCCGGGGUCAAGACGACAGCAUGGAUCAUGAUGAAGAUGUCUUUCAGCGACCUCGGCCUCCUGGGUCGGUUAUUCAAGUCGAGUCAUCUCAACCAGUCGAGCGUGGCCAUCAUGGAAUUGGUAGGAUAUUAUCACGCAGUCAGCUUCUGACUUCCAGUGUGAUGGAGAGCAUUCCUAUGCCGAACUUUUGGAUAGGGAGUCAAGAGAGUGUAGGAGAACCGUAUAGUCUACCUGAAGCGUCAAAUUCUUAG